AAUGUCUCGAAGAAUGGGCUGAAUGGGUGAGGUUUCUUGUGAUGGGAACGAAGGUGGGGUUGGUGAGGGAGUUGAUGGGGUUGUUGGGAAGUGUAAUGGGACCUCAAAGGUGAGAGCUUUUGAGUUGUUGGUGAGGUCGCACUCUACGGGUCACUCUCUUGUGGAAUCGGGGAAGAGCUUGGAGAGGUUCACUUUGAGGUUGCCUGAGAAAUUGAGGAAGCAGAUUCUGGAAGCCAAUCAUAAGUGUAGUGGUGGUAGUGGUGGGAUGAAGCGUUCGGCAAGCUACGACGUCGUUUUGCAGAGUGAAGUUGGUGAAAGUAGUAGUAGUAAUAAGGGGAGUAAGAAUAGUAGGUGGAUGCUGACUGCUGUCUAUGACACCUCCGUUUGUUUCUCGCGGUUGGGGUCAUUUUAGUACUUCUUCUGGUUUGGCACCGCCAAAUGAGUGCUCAACAUGCUUUGGGAUUCCUAGGCUUUGGGGUUCUUCAGCGGCAAGGAAAGA